AGCGUGAAUAACGCGAACAUAAAUCGACCACAAACCUUUCUCAUUUUACAGUACAUUAAGUCGAUGACCCGAUGAGACACACCCCACUUUUCAGUGCACUCUUCCGACAUGGCAACGAUUUGGCUGUUGACAAUUCUUCUCGCCCCGUUCACCCUCUUUGAUGUCUGGUACUUCGUCAAUGGUUUCAUCACGUGGAUGGUGGCAAAGUUACAGAAAACAAUACGGAAGAAGGGCGUAUUGGAGGAAGUGGUUACUUAUGGCCUCGUGACCACCACUGAUAUGAGCUCUGUGGUUCACAAGAACAACGCCCGCUACCCUCGCAAGUGUGACUUUGGCCGGUUCCAUCUGUGGGAGUCCACGGGAAUGUGGGAUAGCGUGGUGAAGCUGGGUGGUUCCAUGACUUUGGGAGCUUCGACCAUCCGCUUCCGCAGAUCAUUGUAUUUCCUGGAACCUUUCCGGGUCAGAUCUAAGGCAAGGAUCGUGAAUAUUUAA